AUGGACACUACAGUAGAAAUACCUGUUAGCCAAUCUCUGGUAACGGGUCAGAGAAAGAGGAGCGGGUUUGACUCCCAGACAGGAAUCUACCACUCACUCGACCAACUGGGGAAUGAACAUAAGAUUCCUACUAGAGCCAACCUUGAUACUGCUACAUUUGUGUUGUCACAGUUUCCAGAACCGUACCAAGCAGAGUUGACUGUCGCUCUUAUAGAUUCGGCCACAGGUCACAAAGUCACCUAUGCUCAACUCAAACAGUCAAUCUACUCGUUGGCGACUGGGUUGUACUAUGGACUUGGUGUCCGGAAAGGUGAUGUCAUUUUUGUGUUGUCACCUAAUUCAAUCCUCUACCCAACCAUAUGUUUAGCAGUAUUCUUGGUUGGUGGAGUCCUCACCACGGCUAACCCACUUAACACCGCGUCAGAAAUAGCAAAGCAAGUGCUCGACUCAGGUGCAAAACUAGCCAUCGUGGCUCCGGGCGAGACCCAUAAACUGGUGUCAACUAAAGUGCCUGCCCUUCUGACUUCUCGUCCAUCUAGCGGAGACGAACUUUCAGUAGAAGAACUUAUAGAGUGUUGUGAACCGAUGGAGUUGCCAGAAACCCAGUCAACUCAGUCAGACACAGCGGCAAUAUUAUACUCCUCUGGGACCACUGGAGUGAGUAAAGGGGUACUCCUAACCCAUUCAAACUUCAUAUCUAUCAUGACACUUCUAAAAUGGUCGAAUGACAAAACUUCGGCUAAAAAUGAUGUUUUUCUAUGUUUCAUACCCAUGUUUCAUAUCUACGGUCUUGCUUUUUUUGCUUUGGGCCUGUUCUGUUGUGGUACAACAACAGUUAUAAUGAAAAAAUUCGACUUUAAAGACAUGCUAGAAGCGAUACAAGUUCAUAAGGUCAACAAUAUUCCGGCAGUUCCUCCAGUUAUACUCAGUCUGGUCAAACACAAUGACGGUGGAUAUGCCUUGUCGUCUUUGAGACGAGUGGGGUCUGGGGCUGCACCCUUGAGUAAGGAAUUGGUGGAUCGGUUCAGAGCCAAGUUUCCAUGGGUGGCACUGAGGCCUGGGUAUGGGCUAACAGAAAGUUGUGGGGCUGCAACGGUAUUUAUUAGCAAUGAAGAAGCUAAAGCUCAUCAUGCUGGUUCGGGAGCUUUGCUACCGACUUUUUGCGCUAAAGUUGUUGAUUAUGAAACAGGAAAAGCUAUGCCCCCUUUCGGAGAAGGGGAGUUAUGGAUAAAGUCACCGACUGUUAUGAAAGGGUAUUUAGGAAACGAGGAAGCAACUGCUGCAACCAUUGACUCAGAUGGGUGGUUGAAGACUGGAGAUCUUUGUUACUUUGAUGAAGAUGGGUGUCUCUAUAUCGUUGAUAGACUAAAGGAGCUCAUAAAACAUAACGGGUAUCAGGUAGCUCCAGCAGAACUGGAAUCCAUACUACUCGGCCAUCCCGAAAUACUUGAUGCAGCAGUUAUACCACUUGAAGAUGAAGAGGCAGGAGAGGUACCUAUGGCAUAUGUAGUGAGAGCAGCUGGAUCACAACUCGGUGAAGACCAAGUCAUUCAAUUUGUUGCCAGUCAGGUGGCUCCAUUCAAGAAGGUGAAGAAAGUUUCCUUCAUAAACGUAAUACCAAAGUCAGCUGCAGGCAAGAUAUUGCGAAAGGAUUUAGUAGCACAAAGCAAACUGUAUGUUCGGUCAAAACUUUGACCACCAAAAAGUUUAUAAUAUGGAUAUACCAUUAUAUUGUAUUUUAUUAUACUAUAUAAUAUAUAUACUACGAGUAGAUAUCAAUAAGACCAGAGAGAUGUCGGUAAA